ACGGGGGACACGAGUGGGGCUGGAGGCAAAUCCGUCUCUCCCCUCCGCAGCUAGCUCAGCUCAGCGGGGCCGGAGCCCUGCGCCCGUGUCUGCCCGGGUGUCUGUGGGCAGGAGAGCUUUUCCCAAACGUGUGAGACCUGGGAGAACGGCACCUCGCUGCAAAAUCUGUCGGAAGACUUGAGUUACGCCGUACAAACAUCUCUCUCACUUUGUCUCUGCAAUCGUAUGCACGUGUGGAGAUGGAUGUCUAUACGUACAGCCGCCCAACGCCUGCAGAACAGAUUUACAUUUCAUACGGAAAGUGAACUUCUCCCUCCACAAAGUACGCGCAGCGCGGGGUGCACAACGGAAAACGCGUCCCCGAACAAAGGCGUGCAAACGCCGGCAUCCGUGCGUGCCCUGCACCGGCCUGUCACUUAUAUUGGGUCCGCUGCUUUGGUGUUGUGUUAAAAAUACUGGCUAGCUGCAAACAGGCGCUUUCAGGAGGGAGAGAGGAAGGCGAAGAGAGCUCACCUCGCCCUUUACUGGAAAGAAGCGAGGACCGUUUAGACAGCGAUUUUUUUUUUUAGCAUAUUUUAAUGCAGCGGAGUAACGGAUUCUUUGUGUAUGAAGUGGAAAGAAAACAGAAAACAAAGUCCGGGAACGAAGGAAAGAAACGCUAGACUGGUUUUAAGACACACACACACACUCCCAUCCCUUGGUUCAACAGAAACAUUCAUUUACAUUAGCAAUUCCGCAUCUUCAAGAUAAAUUACACAGCGGCGUAAUAGAUUUAAAGUACGCCAGAUUUUUUAUCAUUAAUUGUAAAUGUGCAAAAUACCUGCUGGUACUUCACUUUAGAAGAAUGUAAUUGGCAAAAAUGGGAGGCUGAUGAAUAGAUAAUAGAUCCUUAACUACCAAUAAACAGUAAGCACCAGCCAAGAGUAUUAGGAUGUGAUCAUAAUUAUUCUGCAGCCCCAGCCAAUGGGAGGAGGAGAACUCAGCCCUAAAAUCAUCCCCGGACCCAAAGGUAAUCGCGAAAAUACGGACAAGCCUGGAACCGGAGACUUGCUCCCCUGUCCCGUCUGCGAGAGCCCGGCGUGCCCCAGCUUUGCAUAAUGCAACUGCCCUCCGCUUUGUUUUCCGCACCGCGCGGUGCGGGGAGUGCGGAGCAGCGAAGGGGGGAAUAAAUAAGUUCGGAGGAGGAGGAGGGCGACCCGUUCUCUCACCGGGACGAAACCUUUCCCAAGCGGGGCAUCUCUCCCGGACGCCCCGGGGCUGAUCAAGUCACUCCCUGCUGCAAACUUCCCCGGAUCGUCUCCCGCGCACCAGAGAGAGCCAGGCAGAGAUUUGGUCGGGGACUCUCGCCGCGGCAGCAUGUUUCAGCCCACACCCAAGCGGUGUUUCACCAUCGAGUCGCUGGUGGCCAAAGACAGCCCCUUGCCCGCGUCUCGCUCCGAGGAUCCUAUCCGGCCGGCGGCGCUCAGCUAUGCCAAUUCCAGCCCGAUGAACCCUUUUCUCAACGGCUUCCACUCCACUGGCAGGGGGGUCUACUCCAACCCGGACUUGGUCUUUGCAGAGGCCGUCUCCCACCCGCCUAACCCGGCCGUGCCGGUCCAUCCCGUGCCCCCUCCCCACGCCCUGGCCGCCCACCCGCUGCCCGCUUCGCACUCCACGCACCCGCUCUUCGCCUCGCAGCAAAGGGACCCCUCCACCUUCUACCCUUGGCUAAUACACCGCUACCGGUAUCUGGGCCACAGGUUCCAAGGGAAUGAAACCAGCCCGGAGAGCUUCCUAUUGCACAAUGCACUGGCCAGGAAACCCAAACGGAUCCGUACAGCUUUCUCCCCAUCCCAAUUACUGAGACUGGAACAUGCCUUCGAGAAGAACCAUUAUGUAGUAGGAGCAGAGAGAAAACAGCUGGCACACAGCCUCAGCCUCACGGAAACUCAGGUAAAAGUGUGGUUUCAGAACAGACGGACAAAGUUCAAGCGGCAAAAGUUGGAAGAGGAAGGUUCAGACUCACAACAGAAGAAAAAAGGGACUCAUCACAUUAACCGGUGGAGAAUCGCCACCAAACAAGCCAGUCCAGAGGAAAUCGACGUCACGUCGGACGAUUAAAAACUGGCACCUUUGGAUUUUUCAAAGCCAGGCACCUCACCAACAGAAAGUGUUAAAGGCUCACACCCCCCCGGGGUGGCGGUGCAGGGAAGGGACACGAAGAUCUUUCAUCAAAACGGCGAAUCCCGCCUGGAAGGGCAGCUGGGAGCGAGCGAGGGCGAGACCGCGAGAGGUCCGAACUGUGGCACUGCCGGCACCGCUCUGGCAAGGGGGGAUCUGUCAAUCAAAGCCAAAACACCGGGACGAGGUGAUUGACAGGUAUUCCGUUUCUCGCAGUCCACUUUUAAAAGCAUAACGUCAAAAAAUAAUAAAAAAAAAUAUUGAAAAAAUCUUAAAAAGAAAGGAAAAAAAAGAAACAAAAACCCCCCAACCAAACCAGAAAAAUUACCACCCUACAGGACAUUUUGCACUUCACAGUUUUUUCCGUCUUUGAAAGAAAAAUUUCCAUAAGCAGCCAAAACCCACACCUGUUUCAGAAACUUGAAUUGCAUGUGUAAAGCCGUCUGGG